CCCCGACCCGGGGCACGCCCCGGCCGCCCCGCAGCCCCGCCCGUCGCGGUCGUGACGGCAGCGCUGCGCGCCGGGCCGCGGGAGUUGGCGCGAAGGCGGGAGCAUGGAGCCGGGAGCGUCCCGCUAGGCACAGGCAGCGCGCCGCCGCCAUGGAUAUCCGGAAGUUCUUUGGUGUUGUACCUCCUGGGAAGCGACAAGAAUGUGAAACUGUGAAAAAGAGUGAAAAAAUUAAAAAUGGUGAAGGACCCUCAAAUGGGAAGAAAAGGGAAAAGGAGACUAAGGUGAAUAAUUCACCCAGUGAUGAUGACUCCAAACAAAAGCGGACAAAAAAGAAGAGAAGAAUAAUCUAUGAUUCAGAUGAAGAUGAUGAUUUUGCCAAUAAAAGAAUUUCCCUAAAACCAAAGGAGAACGGGACAUCAGCGAUUGGUUGUCCAGGAACAAAUACCGUGAAAAAAGAAGUAAAACCACAAGCUAAAAGCAAGCCCCUCUCUCCAGUGAAACAGACUCCCACCUCUGCGCUUGAUUUCUUUGGGACAAGGAGUGUCCAACGCUCAGAAAAGAAACUGGUAGCAAGUAAAAGGAAGGAGCCUUCACAGAGCAGAGACAGCACUCUAGAUGAUGAGGCCAUUGCUAGGCAACUGCAGCUUGAAGAAGAUUCAGAGCUGGAGAGACAGCUGCAUGAAGAUGAAGAAUUUGCUAGAACUCUGGCCAUGUUGGAUGAAACACCACAGAAGAAAAAGGCUCGGAAAGAUGCAGAAGGAGAGCAAACAGUGCUGAGCAUCAACAGCAGCCCUAACACAACAGCAGGAUAUAAGCAGUCAGAAAGAGUGAAAGCAAGAGACUCAGCUGGUACAGCUAAGAAUUACUCUGCAAAGCCACAAACGAAAUCUGAGCAGUUGAAAGGUUCUCCUUUAUCCCCACAAUCAUCUGAUGGUAGAAAAGAAAAGAUUGCUGAAAAGGAGAGAGGUGCUCAAAAUUCACUAUCAAGAGAAAAAGCAGCUUCAGGGAAAGAGGAGAACACAACACCAAAGAAGGAGAAAGUUUCUCCCAAGAAGACUGAGUCUAUAAGUCCUGAGGACUCUGAAAAGAAGCGAAACAAUUACCAGGCUUACCGAAGCUUCCUGAAUCGUGAGGGUCCAAAGGCACUGGGUUCCAAAGAGAUCCCUCAGGGAGCUGAAAACUGCUUGGAAGGGCUGACAUUUGUGAUUACGGGUGUUCUGGAGUGCAUUGAGAGAGAUGAGGCCAAGUCCCUGAUCGAGCGCUACGGAGGAAAAGUGACUGGCAAUGUCAGCAAGAAGACAAAUUACCUGGUGAUGGGGAGAGACUGUGGCCAGUCCAAGCGUGAGAAGGCAUUAACUUUAGGUACAAAAGUUAUUGAUGAGGAUGGUCUGUUUGAUCUUAUUCGAACUAUGCCAGGCAAAAAGUCCAAAUAUGAGCUGGCUGUUGAAGCAGAGGCAAAGAAAGUGGAGUCAAAACCCCAAAAGACACCGCAGAAAGCUGAAGCUGGAAAAAGGAAUUUUAGCCCCUACAAAAGGGAAGCUAAUAAUAAAAAAUACAAGUCUACUCCUGAAAAAGGAGAUACCAUCAGAUCUGUCAAGAAGGAAACCACUGCUGUUCGAAAACUUUCGGACUUUAAACGUCAGACUGUAGAGGAGAAAGAAGCCCCAAAGCCUAAGGGGAGCUUGGUUUCUGAGGUUAAUGAAGAUGGCACAGAGAGAUUGCUAUGGGUAGAUAAAUAUAAGCCUGUGUCUCUUAAGGCAAUUAUUGGACAGCAGGGUGAGCAAAGCUGUGCCAAUAAACUGCUCCGAUGGCUCAGAAACUGGCACAAGAACACGUUGGAAGACGGACAAGCAAAACCCAGUAAAACUGGAAGCAAAGAUGAUGGGACAAGCUUUAAAGCAGCACUACUUUCUGGUCCACCUGGAGUUGGUAAAACUACUACAGCUGCUUUGGUUUGUAAGGAACUGGGGUAUAGCUACGUGGAGCUGAAUGCCAGCGACACUCGCAGCAAGAACAGCCUAAAGGAAGUAGUUGCUGAAUCACUGAACAACACCAGCAUCAAAGACUUCUGUUCUGGUGCAUCUUCAUCAGUUAGCGGGAAACAUGUAUUGAUCAUGGAUGAAGUGGAUGGCAUGGCAGGCAAUGAAGACAGAGGAGGGAUUCAGGAGCUGAUAGGUUUGAUCCGACAUACGAAGAUCCCCAUCAUUUGUAUGUGCAAUGACCGCAACCAUCCCAAAAUGCGCUCCUUGGUCCACUACUGUCUGGAUCUUCGUUUUCAGAGACCUCGUCUAGAACAGAUCAAAGGUGCCAUGAUGUCUAUUGCAUUUAAAGAAGGUUUAAAAAUUCCCCCACCCGCAAUGCAAGAGAUAAUCCUGGCAGCAAAUCAGGACAUCAGACAGGUUUUACAUAAUCUUAAUAUGUGGUGUGCAAAAGACAAAACACUGACUUAUGACGAGGCUAAAACAGAUGCCAGCAGAGCCAAAAAGGACAUCAAACUGGGCCCUUUCGACGUUGUCCGGAAGGUUUUCGCUGCUGGCGAGGAGGCUGCUCGUAUGUCUCUCAUAGACAAAUCAGAUCUUUUCUUCCAUGAUUAUUCGCUAGCGCCUCUCUUUGUCCAGGAGAACUAUGUGCACGUGAAACCAGCUGCUGCUGGAGGCAAUUUAAAAAAGCACUUGGUGCUCUUGAGUAGAGCAGCUGAUAGUAUAUGUGAUGGUGAUAUAGUGGACAGGCAGAUCCGUAGCAAGCAGAACUGGAAUCUUCUCCCAACACAGGCUAUUUAUGCGAGUGUUCUCCCGGGGGAGCUGAUGAGGGGUUACAUGUCCCAGUUUCCUGUCUUUCCCAGCUGGCUGGGGAAAUUCUCAUCCACAGGCAAACAUGAUCGUAUCAUUCAAGAACUGGCAAUGCACAUGAGUCUCAGAACUCAGACAUGCAAGAGGACCGUAAAUAUGGAAUAUUUGUCGUAUUUGCGGGAUGCACUUGUCCAGCCCUUGAAAGACUUUGGCGCAGAUGGUGUACAACAAGCUAUAACAUUUAUGGACUCUUACUGCUUGAUGAAAGAAGACGUUGAAAAUAUCAUGGAAAUAAGCACGUGGGGAGGCAAACCCAGUCCUUUUUCAAAGCUGGAUCCCAAGGUCAAAGCAGCUUUUACACGCGCCUACAACAAAGAGGCACAUCUGACUCCAUAUUCACUGAGUUCUGUCAAGGCAUCUAAAAGGCAGUCGGGAUCUGCAGCAACCUUAGAUCUGAGCGGAGACUUGAAUGUGGAAGAGAUCCAGUCGGAUGAGGAUGAGCAGGAUACUGUUGACAGUGAUGCAAUGAUUAAGCAAAAAAAGGCGAAGUCUUCCAAGCAGCCAAAAAGAGAGAAAAACGAAGAAACAACAAAAAAAGAAGGAAAAAGGAAAGAGAAAACAAGACAUUUAGAGUAAAAUCUUGCUUUGGACACAGCUUUGCUUAUCUAACUUCUGCCAGCAACAUGAAACAGAUCCAGUGCUGCUGCUGGGAAAGUAGAACCAAUGUGUUGAAAAUGCUCCUCUUAUAGAGGUGCUGUAGCUCUUGUGCUCUCACACGAUGCCCUGCUGUGCUUGCUCUUGACAUGGUAAAUGUUACAAGCUAUAACUGUCCUUGUGCAACAGAGUCCAGGUGUGUGAACAUGCUGAAAAUGUCAUGCUUAGUUACCUGGCAUUUCUGCUGAGUCUUCCUAGGACUUCACUGCUUUUUUUUUAUAGAAAUCUCCUGGCAUUAUAUGGUGAAGUCUUGUAAAUAUAGUACAUGAUGCAAAACCCCCAUACAUAAAUGGCCUAUUUGUACAUUAUAGAAAUUAAGCAGUAUAUAAAAUUACAAUAAAAUGUU